GGUUUAUCAUCACCUGAUUCACCUUAUAUUCAAAAACGUUUCAGCGGUAUGAACCUCGAUAGAACCGAAACUAUAGAUUCACGUUCUUCAAUGGAUGAAGAUAAUGGUAAUAAUACUUCUUCUACACCUGCGACUUCAGUUUCUUCUUUAGGUUCAUGUCCAUUACCAUCAAGUUCUGCAGGUCAAAAAUUUCCUUUCUUCGUAAUGACUUUAAGUGCUACUUCUACUUUAUCUUUUUUAGCUUUACCAUUAUCUAUGAGACCUUUAGUUUUAGAUUCCAUACAUAAAGCUUGGAAAAAAGGUAUUUUGAAAAAUCAACAAGUAGAAUAUCAACCUGAAUUAAUGAAAAGACAUAAAGAUAAAGGAUGUGAAGGUGGUGUUUGGGAAGUUACGAUGAAAGAUAAUGCUUGGUUACCUAAAACUGAAGAUAAAGUUGCAUCUAAAAGAAUCUUGAUUUAUCUCAUGAUGGCUUUUGCUAAAGAAGGUUAUAGUCUUUGUUCUUCAUUUAGGACUUCAGCCAAAGACUCUGGUAAAGAUACACUCAUCUUUCUUCGAGGAGAACCGGACCCUGAUCCUAUUUUCUUCGCAGUGGCGUUUUAUCAAAGUGAUCGUAUUUGGAUCAUCGACGCUGAAGCUGAUGUGGGUGAAGCUUUGGAAAAAGGAAUAACAGAACAUUGGAUAGAUGGGAUUAGAGAUGCUAGAGUUAGAGAGAGACACUGUAGGGAGAUUCGUCUCAAAGGUCAUCCAUGGACCGCACAUUCCGCCUCGGCACUCAUUUCCGCCCGUGCUAUUCAACUGGUCAUGAUGAAGAUUAUCACUCACUAUGACAGAGGCUACGAUUUCGUCGGAAGUGUCGAUAUGGCCGACUUGGACGAAGGUGAAAUGCCAGUCAUUUUCUAUAGACGUAAAUGGGGUACUGGGAGAGCAGUCUGGAAAAUG